CGCGCGUCGGCGGAAGAGCGCCGCCGUGCCGGGAGGGAAGUUGGAGUGGAGGCGGUGCGGAAGGGGUGUCCCGUGUCCCCUGCCCAUCCCUGCCCCUCGCCUGCUGUCGCGUCGCACCAUGGGCGCCCGGGCGGGCUGAGCCCCGCCGUGACCGGAAAAAUGAGUGGUGGGUUGGCACCAAGCAAAAGUACGGUGUAUGUGUCCAAUUUACCCUUUGCUUUGACAAACAACGAUCUAUACAGGAUAUUUUCAAAGUAUGGCAAAGUUGUCAAAGUUACUAUUAUGAAAGACAAAGACACCAGGAAGAGCAAAGGAGUUGCCUUUAUUUUGUUUUUGGAUAAAGAAUCUGCACAAAACUGUUCUCGGGCACUUAAUAACAAACAGUUGUUUGGAAGAGUAAUAAAAGCAAGUAUUGCCAUUGAUAAUGGAAGAGCAGCAGAAUUCAUUCGCAGGCGUAACUACUUUGAUAAGUCUAAGUGUUACGAAUGUGGGGAAGCAGGACACUUAAGUUAUGCUUGUCCUAAAAAUAUGCUAGGAGAGCGGGAGCCACCAAAAAAAAAAGAAAAGAAGAAGAGAAAGAAAAUAGUUGAGCCAGAAGAAAUUGAGGAGGAAGAAGAAAGUGAAGAGGAAGGAGAAGACCCUGCUCUAGAUAGCCUCAGCCAAGCCAUAGCUUUUCAGCAAGCCAAAAUUGAGGAAGAGCAACAAAGAUGGACGCAGACUGCAGGGGAAUCUUCAAUUUCAGAUGAUUCAAAACGUCCACGGAUAAAGAAAAGUGCUUAUUUCAGUGAUGAGGAAGAACUUAGUGAUUGAAAUAAUAUUGGUUUAUACGCAUAUGUAAUAUAUAUAGUGUACAUUUUGUAAAGUGCUACAAAGUUAUCUGUAAUACAGGUUUGCCUUGGUGUUGAAGACACUUCUUGAAAAUCAUGUUGUAGUUCUACUCUGCCCCUCAAACCUCCCAUUUUUUGAUACUUACCUCUCAAAACUUCACCCUUCAAGGCAGUUUCUUAAGAGAAUUAUGUGUUUCUACGCUAAAAUUCAGAAAAAUAUCUGGGAAAAUGCUUCAUGUGGUUAGUAUCUAGACCCAAACCCUGGGAGUGAAAUCUUUCAUAAGAGAAUUUCCUAAGAUUUUUUUUCCUAAGAGGAGUUCCUCUUAGGAUCACUGUUAGCACCACUGAGGCUUUAUACGUUGGUCUGUUUAUUGCCUGUUGGAAGCAGUGCUUUAGUAGUAUUUUAGGUGUAUAUGAAUCUUGCACUAGCUCCUCUGCAUAGGGUUGAAUUUCAGCCUUAAGCAUUGUACUAGUCUUUUAACUCUUCAUGCAGUAAUAUAAUAAAUUACUGUCACAUAAGCUUUGUCCGUGAAAUCAUUUUGGACUAAACGAUACAUCUGUGUGCUUUCCAAAAGGAUAUUAAGAUGUUGAUCUUCUGUCUUAUGCACAGUUUUAGUAACCUGCUGUAGCCUUUAUGGUAUCAUAUAGCCUAUAUACAAUAUAGGUUUCAUAGGAGAUGCAAGUUAAAAGUGAUGUGGUGGUUAGUUCAAUCUUGAAAUC